UAAAUAAUUUAAGGAAAUUGGGAAAUUAAAGGCAAUGCAAUAUGUCAUUGUCAUGUUUAGCGAUGCGAUUGAUAAAGAACCUCGACCACGAAGAAAGGGAUUGAUUUGAAAUCGAAUUUAAACCGUUUCGAAAAAGGAUAUAUUCUCCACGGAUUUUAAUUUUUUCUUUUUAAGUACUCUUUGUCACUUUUGAAAACAGGAUGUAUUUCGUUUUGUCGCUUUUACAAGGAUUUUCGAUCACUUACAAGAAGCGAUUUUCUCUCGAGUAAAUCAGCAGAUCGUUCGAUGACUGCCUUUUGGGAAAAUUUUUGAGGAAUGGAGAUAUUACGGAUUUUUACAAUUAUUUUCAUCAUCAUACCAUUUGUAAUUUGUUCAAAUUUGGAUUUUGAUGAUGAUCAUCAUGUGAAAGACAACGAGAAAGGAUCAUCAAUAAAGGAUAUUACAAAUCGUGGAAGUGAAUCUAAAUAUAUACUUCAUGAUAAGGGAAGAAGUAUCAAUGAGGAUAGUGCAGAGACGGAGAAAAAAGAAAGUAAAUCACAUGAGGAGGAAAAAAAAUCAGGACAUUACGAUGAAAAGGAUUCGAUGACAAAGGGACACGAUGUUGCACGUCAAUCUGGUGGUGAAUCGGAAAAAAUUGAUCAAAGUGAACAUUCACAUGAAAAACAUGACAAGGGACAAGAGAAGAAAGGAUAUCAUAGAAGUGGUUUUGUCAAUAAAUAUCACAAGGAUGAAUCAAGUGAUAAUUCGAGUUAUUAUGAGGAUAGUGACAAUCAAAAAGGACACAAGGGAUAUGAAGGACGCAAUGGACAAAAUUAUGAAAAGACCGCAGAUUCUUAUAAGGAUGAUGCUCAUGAUAGAGCUCUAGCUUCGAAAAAUAAUGCUAAUCACGGCGUUUACGACAAGGGAAAAGGAUACAAAAAUCGAUAUAAUUACGCGGGAGGAUAUGACAACAGUCGUUAUGAUGACGAUAGAAGAAAAAUCUACCACGAUGGAGCAGGAAGAUAUUAUGAUCAUAAUGGAAAUGAGAUCUACUACUAUCGUCGAGAACAUCCCUAUAUUUAUUAUGAUAACGAAUAUUAUCCUCAUGAAAAUCCUCAUUAUAAUGCUUAUUAUCCUCGAAAUCAUUACGAUACUGGAAUUUAUUCGAAUCAACAUAAUUAUUAUAAUGAUGAUCACUAUUAUCCUGCUAUGAGACGUUACUACGAUGGAUUUGAUGAUACUUGGACGGAUUAUUAUAGAGAUGAUUAUGAUACUAAAUAUUCGAAUGGAUAUGAAAAAGAAUAUUUACCAAAUAAUUAUCAUCAAAAUUAUUAUGGGAGAUAUUAAAAAAUUGAAUGUAAGACAUUUUUUCUAAACAAUUUCAUAGUUAAUUUUCACAAGUUAUUAAUGCAAUAUUUUUAAUAGAAAAUUAAAGAAUAUUUUUUAAAACAAAAUAACAAAUAAUAUUAAUAGUAACAAUAUUAAGAAUUAAAAUUUGAC